AUGGGAACUGGAGCUCGAGCAGGGACAAUUAAGAUCUCCAACACAACGUUUGACAGGAAUAAUAAACGUGCAGUAGUUAUAACCCCUAACUUCAGAGUCACACUUGAAAAUGUAACAGUGUCUUCCUCGAUGGAUGGUGUCGUUAUGCGGCCGCCUUAUGACCAGAUGCUGAACAGGAACGGUUUUCAUUUACACGUUGUUGUGAAUAACUGCAUAUUUCGAAACAACCAGAACGAUUUGUAUGCUUUGCUAAACAACAGUAUCAAUGUCGGCUUCCUCGUCACCAACACGCUAUUUGACGGCAGAGAAAGAACAGAGAAUCAGUCAACGUUUGGUAUUCGUGUCAUUAUACCUUACCUAGAAAGAACAAAUGUUUCUGCUGCGACAAAAAUCGAGAUAGAAAAUGUUACCUUCAUUGGACGGCCGUCAAAUACGUUUGCGUUGCUUUCCAAGGGGAACAAAACGGUUAAUAUACGCCGAUGCAUAUUUCGGGACAGCUUUACUGUAGAAAUAGACAAUUGGAUUAACAGACGAUUCAAGAACAUGCCUCGCUAUGUGACAAGUCAGGGGGCACUUUUUUUUCUCUUCGACUCCGAUGAAAUGGUGAAAAGAGGAUGCGUUCCUUCUACUGUUACAACCAACACCCAUCGCAAAUGGAGGUACACAAGUCACGUGUUGUUUGAAGACACCUUGUUUCAAAAUAACUCUGGAAGAAUCUCAGGAGCAGUUCAGAUCAUCAAUGGUUACGUGAAGUUUCACAGAUGCAGUUUCAUCGACAAUUUUUCCGAAAGAGACAUUGGCCAAGUAUAUGUCGGGUACGGAAGCGCCAAGGUCGAGUUUAAGAGCUGUAUGUUCAAACGCACGAAAACCGAAGGGACAUACCAAGGCAUACCAAGAUACACCUUUGUAGUUGGAAGAUUUCUGCGUUCAGAGAGCGGAGGCCCACUCAAGAUAGAAAACACUUCCUUUCACUCCGACAUUGACGACAGAAACAAACAUCAGUCUGUUUUGAGAAUAUAUUCAAGCGGUUAUUUCCACAUGGACCAGAGCUCAACGAUCCAGUGUGCAAUAGGCAGCUCUCUGCAGUUCAAGAAUCUCUCUCACUUCAUUUACGAAGGUGGAAAGGGAAACAAUUUUUGCCGUCUUAAAGUAACAACUGUACUCUUCAGUUGUAGAAUGUGCCCUUCUAAAAUGUACAGUCUUGACAGAGGACAUACUAAAGGACUAGCCAUUCGUAAUUACAUCAAGUGUCUUCAAUGUCCAUUUGGAGGUCACUGCAACGGACUCAACAAUAUUCUGGCAAAACCAAAUUUUUGGGGUUACAAAAUUACUAAUGGAAGUAAUUUUUCUUCGUUGAAAUUCUUGCCUUGUCCUUGGGAAUACUGCCGUUAUCAAGAUCCCAAUUCAUACCACGAAAACGAGUACAACAGCUGCCAUGGUUUUAGAUCUGGGAUUCUUUGCGGUCAAUGUGCGGAUGGGUAUUCUGAGACACUGUUUUCUUCGCAUUGUAGGAAAUCAUCAGAAUGCAACUGGAAUUAUACGCUGUGGAGUUUGAUGGCCCUUUACUAUGUCUUGUUGAUCAUUUAUUUGUUAAAGAAGCCUUCCAUGGUACUGUUUUUAAAAGAGCAGAUUCUGUGGUUUAGGAACGAUCGACAACGAGCUGGAUCCCUGGAACUCUCAGCGGGUCACAACGAGGAAGACCUAGAGUAUGGCUACAUUAAAAUUGCGUUUUUCUUCUAUCAAGUUGCUGACUUGCUUAGCACUGAUUCGUUAGAGAACACGAUGGCCAAGGUUCCUUACAUUUCCACAGUAGUUGCUCUUUUUAACUUUGAAGUAAAUGUCGUCGACAAAGGAAUCGGCUGCCCAUUCCCUGGCCUCACGGCGGUUACAAAAGAGCUCUUCCUCUCUGCCCUAGUUUUUGUCGCCAUAGCUCACGUCUUCAUCAUUUACUGUCUUCAUUUGGCAGUGAACCUGACCUUGCGGAGAGGUAAGCCAUUGUUUGCUCAUUACGUCGCCGUUGCCGUGGAGAUACUGUUGCUAGGUUACGAUCGCCUUGUAGAAACAUCUCUCAAACUGAUGCAUUGCGUAUCUGUUGGUUCCGUGUGGCGUCUCUACUUUGAUGGAAACAUCGUUUGUUGGCAAUGGUGGCAGUAUGGUCUCCUGGCAUUUAAUGCAAUUUUUGUCGUUCCAUUUGUUGGUGUUCUUUACUGGGGUUCAAGCAAACUUUAUAACAAGACUAUAUCUUGGAAAGAGUUUGUUGGGGCUUGCAUCAUACCACUUCCCUUCCUUGUCCGCUGGCUUGUGAAGGGUUUAUACCGCCGCACCAGGCAAAAUCGCAACCCAACUCAGAUCCGCGAUGAAUGCACCGAUGAAAUUUCCAAGAUAUUGUACGGCCCAUUCCGUCCACCCGGUGACAAAGAUCAAGGCACGCUCUACUGGGAAAGCGUUCUGAUUGGUGGAAGGCUUGUCCUUCUCACAUUCCAGUCCUUCAUUCCAAAUUCCAUGCUUCUUUUCUUGUGCAUGUCCACGACAUGUGUCCUGAUGUUGGCCCUUCAUUUAAUCAAGAAGCCAUUCCGAGACCCUGUGGCGGACAAACUUGGAACUUUAUCUCUGGGCUUGCUGGCCUGUGUAGCGAUCAUGAACCUCACGGCGGCCACCUUGACGUCUUUUGCUGUGAAACCCGAGGGGCCUAACAGACACAUCAUGGUGGUUUUAAGGUGGAUUAUAGUAGCUGUUCUUUGCUUCUUUCCCGUGGUGAUUGCACUGCUAUUCCUGUUUGCAUUGUUUUCUCAGCUAGUUCGGUUUGUCCUGUUCCUCAAGCGGAAAAUAUACAUUCGUUUUUCUGCGCGGAGACUGUACUACGAGUAUCUAGAUGACAGCACCGCUUUUCUAACUGAUUGAAAUGGAAAGAACAAUCCAAACCUGCAGAGCAAUAUGGAAGGACAUUCUUGUGAAUCAACUAUUGAACAACUCGAUCAACAAACAACGGCCAGAUUUCUAUAAACAACUGUCUUGAAAUCAAAACCAAGACAAUUGUUUCGAUCGGCUAAUCAUGCAGACAAACACAAACAACCCAGUGAACUGUUUCAAAUUGUGUAAAUGGCGCCAACCGCGGGAAGACAUGCCACCUGCGAAAAGCGCGGGAAAACUCGCCUAAGUAAAAUUAUGGUUGGAUUAGUUUUUAUCCUGAUUUACUGAGACUUCCAAGUAAUAUAAAAUGCGUUUUUAAGAACCUAUUGCCUCUUUUCAACCCGAGUUAAAAAGAGUGGAACUAGCACAUGUUUACUUUCACCUUACUUGCCAUAAUUAACUUAAAACCAUUAUAUUUUAUUAUGUCAUAAGCAGGGGUGGUGGAUCCAGGAUUUUUCUUAGGAAGGGUGCACCACCAAGGAGUGGCGAACUGACUAGUGAGGGAAACAAAUUUUGAAAGCGAAUACUAAGAAGAGAGCUUCAUUCCAGGGGGGUGCACACCCCCUGCACCCUCCCCCUAGAUUCGCCUCUGCUGAGCAUCUUGUUAAGACAUAGCUUUGUUACAGUAUCUAUAUAACAGGGUCUAAGUAUUUGAAAGCCUACUAUACUGCAGUCGACGUUUUGAAAGUACAAACUAAUGCUUUGUUUUUUUUUCGUCAUAUAAUUGAGAGAUAAUUGUUACAAGUCAAAAGCAGUCUUACUGGUACUUAAUAACUUAAAACAACUUUUGAAAGUUUCAAAACAAGCGGAAGAUUAAAAGAUAAUUUUCUGUAAAAGUUCAACUCUGAUAUUGGCCGAUAUUAGAGUAUUGGCAUGGGAACUGGUCCCUGGGUGGGUAGAGGGUUAAAAAAAGGACAGGCGGAGAGAUCCCAGUGCAGACUGGGCAGAGAGAUCUCCGCUCAGCUUAACCAAUUUCCUUUUCUUCCCUUUCCUACUAGGGGGCCUGUUUACAGGCUAGCACAGUACCCAAUAAGAUACUCUUUUCAAGACGUAAACACCCCCUAGAUUUUUAGACCUAUACAUGAUUUUCUAUAACCUAUUUCAUACCUGACCUAAAAACAUGUCUCAAAUAAGAUCCAAGGAAUGUCUAUUGCUUAUGUAAACAUCCCCUGAUGAGAACAAUUAAGACCGCAGUACACCAAAAGCAACCCCUAGUUGAGACCAAAACAAUUCAAACUACAGUGUGUAAUAUGUUGAGUCCCUUAAGCCCAUCUGGCUUGUAGCUGUCAGCACUUUACUAGAGUUUCUGUGGCACUUAUGCUGCUAGGAGGUUUGCUAACCCCCCCCCCGCCCCGCCCUGCAUGGGAUGCUAGUCCAUGUUCUGUCAGGUUGCCCCAAUAUUCAAAAUGACGCAAAAAUUACAGUGCAAAAUAACACUAAUAUUUAAACCUUUAGUAACAUGCAGUAUUUUAUUUUAUGCAAAGUUAACACAUUCCUUUGAGGACAAUCUAAAACUAAGCAACCUUGUAACUCUAUGUCAAAACCCCAGAGGGGGGGGGUGACUCCCACGUCAAAAGGUCAGGGAUGCUCGUUGUCUCACUGAGGGAUGUAAAUCAAGGAUUUUGGUCUCACUUGGGGGUGUUCAGGACAAAUGCCACUACUUUUAGCUGUUAAAGUAUCUUUUUGUGUGCAAUCAAAGAAGUAAUAAUAAAAAUAAAUGUUCUCAUUUCCUCUUGUAGCCUCGAUUUCCGCCGCUCUCUUGAGUCCAGUCUACCAGCACAGGUUCGUCUUCUAAACAGCGGCUGGUAAUCAAGCCUAAUAAAGCCUGAGCCAUGCCCUGAUUGGUCUCUUGUAGAGCUUUAAUUCAAAUUUUUAGAUGAGCUCCCCCAACCUUUUCGUAUGGGAUUCCUCUCCUCUCGGUGGUUAAAACGUCUGUUCCUUUAUAUGUUUAGGCAAACAUCCUCAAUCGUCUAUUGAUUGUAAUGUUUUUGAUUUCCUCAAUUGCAAAAGAUCUGCUUCAAUUAAGAUUUUUUA